GUGUCAUUGGCAGGUAGAUUUAUUGCGAGGGAAGUGGUCGUUUGGGUGCGGCAAUGCCAUUGCCGCCCUCGAUAGGCGACGAAGAUGCAAUCAUCAAACACAUCUUUCACGUGUACGCAGACGUUCCAACCCAUCGGUUGUCCAACUCCAACUUUCGACGGCUCACACUGGAUGCACCGAACCUGCUCACGCCGUGGUUUGGUAUGGUGGACGUCGACUUGGCGUACGCCCAAGCUCGAGGCCAUUCGUGCCGCCGCCUCGAUGUGACCCAGUUUGUCGAAGCGCUUGUACUUCUCGCGUGGCGCAAAUACCCCGAGGAAGCACAGCAGGAUGCGUUUCUUCGUCUUCUCAACGAAAGCAUUUAUCUUUUGCCGGUGGCUUCAAAACUUGCACACGCACGAGCUGCAGAAUUUGCCACCGCCCGACUCGGGCGGUCUGCAAAUCAAGUCGAUGCAUUCGAUUCGUUACUGCCACUGACGUCGUCUUCACCUUGUUUCGCAUGGAAACAACAACAUGAUGUCGACAUCCUCGGCGAUUUCCUAGCUGGCGACUAUGGCGCCGUGGAUAACACGGAUGAUUCGGACCCCGAAGUUGCGCCUCUGGAGUCGCUCAUGACGUGGCACGCUGACGGAGAUGCUGCAUUGACACUGGAUGACGCUACGUCGUCACAACCUGUUGGACAUACCAGAGUCGCCGCCGCCGCGUACUUGCUGGGUACCAUGCGCGCGAUCAUCAAGUCCAACCAACGAGCCAAACGACGUCGUGCUUUUCAAAUCUGGCACGAUCGAAAUGACUGUAUAUCCUGUCGAAUUGCAUGGCUCGCAAUGAUUCUAAAAGGUCGCUGCCAUCGCAAAGUGCACUUGGCGUGGACUCUGUGGCAGCGCAAUUACAAACACUCUAAAGUGACCCAACAACAGCGGUUGCAGUCACUCGAGUGGACACGAGCUCGACAAACACAACUCCUACAAGCGAUUAUGACCCAGUGGUAUCAGACCGUCGCCGCCACCGCAGUAGUUCGUGCUCAAUUCCGACGUAUGUGGAAACAACUGACGUUCCGACGUCUUCGAUCGAGGUGGCUGCGGUGGCGGUUGUGCACUGUGCACCGACGAACUUGUGUGUUGAGCGUGCGUCGUAUGCAGAGAAUGCGGGGCAAGAAACAACUGCAGCUGGUGUGGUCGGUGUGGCAGCGACACUGUGCAAAGUUGAACGCGCUGAGCUUCGUAAUGUGGAAGACGUGGCAACGCACAAGUCGCUCAAUUUGCAUGGCGCUCUUGACCGAGGCAGCCUCCAAGACGGCCAAACGCGCGAGCGCGCACAACUUGAUUCGCAUGGUUGCCACGUGGAAGCUAAUGAGUGCUUGGAUGACGUGGACGCACCAGAUUUCAGUGCAAACUCACUUGGUGGCUUGGAAUCGUCGCGGUAACCAACGGAUGAUUCACAACAUCCUGAGAAUGUGGCAGGAAUGGAUGGUCCAAUGGAAGCUUCAGAAACGAUCGACACGUCGACUUGUGCAGAUGGUUGGACGACGAGUGCUUUCCAGGACACUUUACACGUUGCGCAAGGCAUCUUGGUCUCGUAAAGUGCACCUUGGCCAGUCAAUAUUGAUUCACGAGAGGACGAUGGCGAUGGCGUCGUUUCUACGGACGACCUUGCGGCACCUUCGACGACAGCGCCUCGGUCGGGCUUAUACAAACUGGACUCUUCAUACACUUCAACAUCGAUUUCAAACACGUCGGCGUCUUGAGAAUGCUCUCUCCAAGGUCUUCCUACUGGUCGGCCACGGUGCCCUUCAGUACAGGGCACUGCAAACUCGGUUUCACCAAUGGCGUACGCUCUCCACUGUGUUACGCGAUACGUCAGCGCACAAUGCACAACGUCACAACGACGAUGUCUCACAUCGACACGCUCUCGGCUUGCAGUUGUUGGGUCACACAAGUCGACGCCACCACCACAGUCGCGUGACGAAAUUGUUUCGACGGUGGAUGCAGUACAGUUGCCACGUGGCAGCAUCAGCCGCAGCAAUCCAACGAGCGACCCAAUUGUGGACGAAAGUUCACGUGCUGCGGCCGGCGUGGCGGCUCUGGCGGGCUACAUGCCGUCGGUUUACGUUAAUCGCCCGUUGUUUCGAGCACUUUCAUCGAUAUCAACGCCGUCGAACACUCCAGGGGUUGUACACGUGGCACGCACACACACAAGUAGCACAUCACGAGGACACGAGGUUGGUACUGCGCAGCCAAUUGGUUCGGCAUGUCCUUGGUCCAAUCGUCAAACGAAUGGUUCGGAGACAUCAACAGAUAUCAUGGAUAAAGUGGUGGGAGCACAUAUCCCAUGCCAUCGACGCAGCGACUCGACAAGCGCUGUUUGUACGGUGGUGGCGGCAACACCGUCGUCAUCAGCAUGCAAAAUCUCUUCAAAGCGCUUUGGUCAAGUGGACAAUGCACAUUGCCGACCGUCGACACCAAUGGCGGAUGGAAGGUCUGCUAGAAAUUUACGCGAGCCAGAAAGUUCGAUCGUCGAGGCGGCUCGCGUUUCUGACUUGGACACUGGCCGUGUCCCGUCACCAGGCCAAUCGACGGUCACUUUGCCGUUUGAAGCGACUGUGGGUUCGAGAACAGCUCGUUCGACACGGAUUUCGUUGGUGGCGCCGUCGACUUGCGUUACAGCGACUCAACAUCAUGUGUUUCCACCAUCACUUGUCUUUUGCCGUCAACAAAUGGAGGGGCGUGACGCGUGAAGCAGCGGCUACCGCGUUGAAAUCGACGACUCUGGGUCAUCUCGUUGAAAUAAAGCGCCGAUUGUGGAUGCGCCAGCGUUGGACGCAGUGGUGCCACGUCACACAUGCGUCAUGUUUGUGGCAAGUGGGCUGGAGUCGCGAGCAUAGUGCGCACUUUUAUUGGAAUGCCUUGACGGGUCGGUCGCAAUGGGAACCCCCGCAACACAGCGCCAUCUCUCGUGGGGGAAGCCACGCCGCAGAACAAGGGGCCGCCCUCGUCCACUCGAUUUUAACCCAUCGCAACCACCAGCAACUUGAGGCAGCAACACGGCGUGCACUCACUCGAUGGCGGAUGGAAACGCUCCAUGAACGACUGCGUCACCAACUUGCACAGCAACUGCACACGCACGUUGCAGCUACGCAUGCGCUGAUGCAAGCCCAAGUCACGAGUUGCUACGACACGAGCUGGACGUUGCUCCAACAUGUCAAGACGAUGGCUGCCGUGUUUGGGCAAUGGAAGCUCGUGUGGAAGCACACCAAAUACCACGCGGAUGUGGUCGUACGAACGACACUGCGGAUGCAACUCGCCAAGAUCUUCAGGCGCUGGAAACAGUUGAGUUUCGAUAGCCAAAGGCAACAACAAAAAACUGUCGACAAUCAAAUCCGAGCGGGAAAAUACCUUCUAUCAAUUAUGGCUCGGAAAGCAACCCGUCGUCAACGUCGUGCGUUCCACCUGCUUCAGCGCCAAACCUCACGCAUCAAACUUGUCUACACUCUUCUACGUACGAAUCUAGCCCGCACGCAGACUCGAAGAUGGUGGCAUUGCUGGACUUCUCGCGUGACUGUAACCCGCACGAUGGCAAUGCAAUGUCGGCAAUGGCAACAUCAACGACUUGUUCAAAGUAGCUGGAUGACGUGGCGCCACCAAGUGCACUUCCGCCAACGUCACCGCGUGGGAUGUACUCGUUUGGAACGAGUGCUCAAUCGCCGAGAGCUCCGACAGCACCUGCGCCAGUGGCUCCGUCGAAGCGACCAAUGGCGUCAGCUUCACCGUGUACUCCAUUGCGGCCGUAAGCGGAAUAUCCAACGAGCGUGGGGGACGUGGCAACGAGCAUCGGGUGCCCACCAAACAAGCCAAGCAAGAAACGUCCUGCAAGCAAUGUAUACAUGGCGAGUACACGUGCUACAGCGCCAACGAGCUCGAACACUAUUGCGCACUUGUAUCGGGCUAUUAAGUCGUCGCCUUGCGGUGGUUGCCUUGGCGCAGUGGAAAUGGCAUACUGUCACGUUACAAUCCGUGGCACGUGCGGCUGCCACGUCAACUACGAGCCACUUACGGCUUGCUUGGAGAUCUUGGAGCGUCGCCAUACGCCAGCAUAGGCUGCAAGUCCACGCGCUACGACGUGUGAUACUCCGCCGUCGCUCCCGCAGUCUCCAAUUGAGUUAUUCGAGAUGGAACUUUUACCUAGUGGGAUCGCGGCAUUGUCAACAAGUGCAAACUGCAUUGCGAAAGUACAUGUGCGCUUUACAAACGUAUCAGGGCAAGGUCCACGCGUUGUCCAGCAUGUUGGCUCGCCGUGCAAUAGGAUCGGCCAUUCGUCAUUUCCACCAAGUGCUGCAACGCUACGUCGCUCAAGCGUUCCAUACGUGGCGACUCCACAACCGUGCAUUCUCAUUUCAAGCUAAGCUAGAUGUAGCACACGAGACGACUCGGCGACAGAUCCAAGUAGCUGCCUGUUGGCGCAAAUGGAGCAAUUUUCGAUGGAGGCGAGUUCAAAUGACUUGGUUACACUCGCAGCGGCCGCUCCAACGCGCGCUGGUGUCGGCGACGUUUUCCCGAUGGUCGAGUCAGGGAUUGGCUCGACGAGCCUCGUGGAAGGCCACGGUGUCGACAAUGGAAACUUGUCGCUGGCAAAGGAACCUCCGCUCGCUCUGGAACACCUGGCGGGCAACCAUCGAAACCACGAAAUGCGACCGUAUUAGUCUCUGUCGACUGUGCUUCAAUGGAUGGUCCACGGCUGUCGUCCGCUGCCACGUCAUUCAGCUACGUUCAAGAAAUGAACGUCAAGCCCAACGACUCGAGCUAUUCCAAGCCCACCGUUGUUUGUGUACAUGGCAAGCUUGGACGAGCUAUCGACGCGUGGCUCGUCAGCGCGGCAUCGCCACCCUUUCCCGGCUACAGUGCCACGUGUACUGGCGCAACUGGACGACCUUUGUCGACCAACAGCGUCGAUUCCAUUUGCUUGGCAACUACAAAGUCGCCAACUACCAUCAGUUCAAGCAAAGGUGCCGAAAACUCGCCUCUAUCGUCACUACACUUGGCCGUGCCUGGCUACGAAGGCAAUUUGACCUUUGGAACCGCCAUUCGCACCAAGUACAAAUUGAUGGCCUAACGGGCGCUCUAGCUUGGCUAGACGACUCGCACGAGCAGCGCCUUCGUGUUUACGCUGUAUGGCACAGGUAUGUCAUUGAAUGUUGCGUGAUUCGAGCCUUUCUCAGCGAGUUUACAUGGCAAAACGGCAGAUGGAGGCGUUUCUCGUGUUCUAGUCGAACCAAUCGUCUGGCUAGUCUCCGACAGUGUUUAUGGUCGUGGAAACACUGGUAUCAACGACAUCAUCGGAGGCGAGUGCAAUUGGCAGCCACAGUGCAACGAAUUGCACACUCGCAUAGGAUGACUAGGUGGCGCCAGUGUGCAGUGUUUCGAACAUGGCAACAACGUAUUGUGCCGCCAUGCCAACGUCCAGGGAUGCCCAUGGCACAUUCAAAACCGCUUUGGACGACCACGAAACCACCACUUCUUUCAGCAGCAUGGAGAAAAAACCUGUCCAAAGCAUCGUUGUUGCUCUUGGUGCGCCGAAAGAGCCACUACAUGGGUGCCCUGAUCUUGCACUUGACUUUGCUGAAAAGGCGUGCGCACCACCUCACCCAAGCCUUUCACUCGUGGCACGAACGCAGCGUCGGGACCAAGUGGGUGUGGUGCCUCAUGCCUGUGCGACUAGCCAGUGCCAUGGUGCAGAUCAAGUACCACAUAUUUGUUGCCAAGCGGGAAGUGUGUCAGUUGUACGACCAACUGCAGGAAGUCGAAAGUACUGGUAGUUCGGAAGUCUACCGGUAGUACACUGCAGCGGUAAUCAAGUUUUCCUGUGACCAAACUGUGAAUGUCGGACCGGCUACCCUAAAUAGUACAUGCAAUCAUGAUCAUG